GGUGUCCAGUUUUUUGUACUGUUGAAUCGUUGGUGAGGGGUCGCACUGGACACCUUAGCUGCCAUUGUGCUACAUGCUGGGUGUAAUUCUCCUUAUCUGUCCUUAUUCUGUGUAUGGACUUUGCGUAGUCCCACGUCUUCUGUCCUGGAUGCUGGGUGUAAUUCUCAGUAUCUGUCCUUAUUCUGUAUGUAUGGACUCUGCACAGUCCCACGUCUCCUGUCCUGGAUGCUGGGUGUAAUUCUCAGUAUCUGUCCUUAUUCUGUAUGUAUGGACUCUGCACAGUCCCACGUCUCCUGUCCUGGAUGCUGGGUGUAAUUCUCAGUAUCUGUCCUUAUUCUGUAUGUAUGGACUCUGCA